UGGCCGUCCACCUGUUGUUGUUGGAUGUUUAUCUUUUGUUUGAUCGCUCGAUCAGUCCGGCUGUGUGGAAUAAUGGCCGUGGAGUUGAAACGAGUGUUGAUAAGCGACGCGUUGGACUCAUCCUGCCAGACGAUCCUGGCUGAAGGAGGACUUGCUGUGGAUUAUCGUCCAGGAAUCAGCAAGGAGGACCUUCUAGCCUGUGUCAAUGUAUGCUCCAUCUCUUACUUCGUGGCGCUCACACGAGGUGAUCAUGUGCAGGACUAUGACGGACUCAUAGUUCGCUCGGGGACCAAAGUGACUGGUGAGGUAAUAGCUGCAGGAGGGAGGCUCAAGCUGAUCGGGAGGGCAGGAACUGGGGUGGACAAUAUCGAUGUGACAGCUGCGUCUGAGAGGGGCAUCAUUGUCAUGAAGUGAGGGAUGUUUCUAGAGACUGUUCCUCACCUCUACCUCAUUAUCAGCACUCCUGGAGGCAACACAAUCAGUGCCACAGAACACACAUGUGCUCUCAUAUCAUCGUGGCAAGACACAUUCCCCAGGGCUGCUCCUCGCUGAAGGAGGGGCGCUGGGAUCGUAAGAAGUUCAUGGGCGUUGAAUUGGAGGGGAAAACCCUGGCAAUUGUCGGUUUGGGGAGAAUUGGUCGUGAAGUCGCCACGCGCAUGCAGGCCUUUGGAAUGAAGACAAUUGGGUAUGACCCUAUCGUUCCUGCGGAAGUGGCUGCAAAGUUCAACAUUGAGUUUGUGGAGCUGAGCCAACUGUGGCCCAGAGCUGACUUUAUCACAGUACACACACCUCUCCUGCCUUCCACCACAGGACUACUAAACAAGGAAGUGUUCCAGCAGUGCAAGCCGGAGGUGAGAGUGAUCAAUGCUGCAAGAGGUGGCAUCAUUGAUGAGGAUGCCCUGCUGGAGGCGCUGAGGGAGGGGAAAUGUGCCGGCGCUGCUCUUGAUGUCUUCACGACUGAGCCACCCACAAACAGAGAGUUGGUGGAGCACGAGUUAGUGGUUGCCACGCCUCACCUCGGAGCCAGCACGUCUGAGGCUCAGGUGAAAGUCGCUCAGGAGAUUGCAAGGUCGUUUCUGGACGCCAAGGAAGGGAAACCCCUUCAGGGAGUGGUAAAUCCCAACUCAUGAGAGAAGGAGUAAUUUUAUUUGAUGAGUUUUGUAAACAGGCGAACCUCAUCGUUAAAGAAAUGGUGUGAUUUCUAUGUGAUUAUGCUGUCACUGUAUAUAUACAGUUUAUGUUAUGUAAUUAUUAUGACAGUGAAAUUACGUGUUGCUUUUUUGAAGGUGGUUUUCUGAGCUACACACACACAAACACAUGUGAC